AUGCAGUCGGCGCAGUCAAGGGCCGCCGUUGGCGGCUUAUCAGAGAAGACAAUGAAGUCCAGAACUUUGCCUUGUAUGUCUCGAGACGAGGUCGAAGCAAUGAUAGCCGAUGGACGAAAGAUCAUCCUCGUGGACAAUUUUGUCCUCAAAGUUGAUGCUUGGCUAAAAUACCACCCCGGCGGCGAAAUUUCAAUUUUGCAUAUGGUGGGCAGAGAUGCCACUGAUGAAGUUAAAGCACUUCAUUCGGAUGAGUCCGUUCAGCUAAUGCAACGAUACCGCAUCGGCCGAAUCCAAUCACCUUGGAAUAACUUUCGACCGCCAAUUCAAGGCGGUACCUUCCGAAGCGCCAGUGAGAUAGAAGAAUCACAAGACGGACUAUUCAGUCCAAAGGGAUCGAGUUCAAGUGUGUCAUCCCGACCACCAUCACCAAUCUUCGACACGGAGGGACACUGUAUCAAACACAGACAGGCCUCACACGGAGAUCGACCUGCCUCUGUCUCUUAUAAUACACGCGCUGAUUCUGAAAUGGAUGGGAUGUCAUAUCUUGAUAUUCUGACGCGCGAGCAUAUCAAGCUGGACUUGGAAAAGUAUCCACAGCCUGAUGUUGCAACACAGGCCCAUGUUAUCGCCAAGUACCGGGCGCUAUACCAACGAUUGAUUGACGAGGGCUACAUGGUAACAAGCAAAUCCGCAUACGCCAUAGAAUGCUGCCGAUAUCUUGCGCUAUUUUGUGGCUCUUUGCUGUGUCUAAAAUAUGGCCAAUACUUCUUGAGUGGCUUGUGUCUGGGCCUGAUGUGGCACCAGUUGGUCUUCACUGCUCACGACGCUGGUCAUAUUGGCAUCACGCACAACUACCAGGUCGAUUCACUGCUUGGUAUUCUCAUUGCAGACUAUAUUGGCGGACUUUCUAUGGGUUGGUGGAAGAAUAACCAUAAUGUCCACCAUAUCGUAACCAAUGCUCCCGAGCACGAUCCUGAUAUCGAGCACAUGCCACUAUUUGCUGUCUCGCACCGCCUCCUGGCUAGUUUGCGCUCAACUUAUUACGAUCGAAUCAUGAAAUACGACUCUGCCGCCAAAGUGCUCCUACGGAUCCAGGCUUGGACGUACUACCCUUUCCUCGCUCUCGGUCGGUUCAACCUUUAUGUUCUAUCCUGGCAAUUUCUACUUACUGGACGCGGCCCGAAGAAGGGCAUUUCUGCUUGGCAUCGUUGGGUGGAGCUUGCUGGACAUGUGUUUUUCUGGUACUGGUUUGGGUACCUCAUGGUAUACAAAUCUAUUCCUGACGCAUGGUCACGAUUCACGUUUGUCAUGAUCAGCCAUAUUGCUUCGUCGCCAUUGCACGUACAAAUUGUUUUAUCCCACUUCGCCAUGAGUACCGCCGACCUGGGGCCGCAAGAAUCUUUUCCACAGCGUAUGCUUCGAACGACUAUGGAUGUAGACUGCCCUCCUUGGCUGGACUUUGUUCACGGCGGCUUGCAGUUCCAAGCCAUUCAUCACAUGUUUCCUAGGAUGCCCCGCCACAAUCUCCGAAAGGCGCAGAAGCUCGUCAUUGAGUUCUGCAACGAAGUGGGCAUUCCUUAUGCCUACUUCGGGUUUGCUGAUGGAAACAAGCAAGUCAUAAGCCGCCUCGCAGAAGUCUCUCGGCAAGCCGCCAUUUUUUCCAAGUGCCAACAGACGAUCGUAAACAGCGGCGAUUUCUACGGUCAUGCUUAA